AUGGUCACUCUUACGCUGCUUCGACAGACGACUCUGGUUCUUGCUCUGCUCCAGCAAGUCGCUUCCGCCUCCGCAUCAGGAAGCUUAACGAUCCAGGGUACAUCCGAUGCUUCCCUUGAUGGCAUGGGUUGGGCGCCAGUCCAUCGCAAAUCCGCCAACGCUGAGUCCUCAACCUCUCACACCUUCAGACCUCCUCGUUCCAAAGCAGGUCAAAGUCGCAAAGUGGCCAUCAUCGGCGCCGGCCCCUCCGGCACAUCAGCAGCCUACUUUCUCAAACACGGGCAAGAUCUGCUCUCCUCCUCCAACACCUCUUCCGACACAAUCGAAAUUACCAUCUAUGAGCGCAAUACUCGCAUUGGAGGUCGAACAGCCAUCACUCACCCCUACGACGACUCAACACUAGAGCCAAUUGAGCUCGGUGCGAGCAUCUUCGCCGAUGUCAACCUCAACCUUCGCCGAGCGGUCAAAGACUUCUCCCUCGAGACUGGCGCACAUGUAGGCUUGUCUGGUCAGACGGCUAUUUGGGAUGGUCAGCAGUUCCUUUUCGAAGGAGAUCAGAGUAGUUGGUGGACAAGUGCCAAGUUCUUCCUUCGAUACGGAUAUAGUGCGAUUACGGCUGAAAACAUUGUCAAGAAGCAGCUUGGGUACUUUGCCGGUCUUUACAAGCCGAGUUUCUUGCAUUCUAACAAAGCUGGUCAGGCGAAUGGAUGUGGAUCAAGAUACCCAUGGAACUCGAUCGAGGAUCUAGCUGAUGCCAUCAAUGCUACUGAGCUGGUGGGUACGACCGGAAUGCAGUUCUUCAAAGAGAAGCGGGUUUCUGAGCUGUUCAUCGAGGAAAUGGUCGAGGCAGCGACCAGAGUCAACUAUGCACAAGAUACGGAUAGGAUCCAUGGAUUCGGUGCGCUAGUCAGUCUCGCAGCAUCAGGGGCAACGGGUGUCAAAGAGGGCAACUACCGUAUCUUUGAAGAGUUUGCACGUCGAUCCCGCGCACGUAUCCUUACUGGUGUCGAGGGGGAGGUCACUGGUAUCGUGCGGUUCAAAAGCGUAGAUCGACCUCCAAGGGGCGAGACGGAUACCAGCGAGAAAGGUCUGAAGACCAAAGUUCAGUGGUACAUCGGCGCCAAGAAUGGCGAAGGAGAAGUGUACGACGCCGUCAUCAUCGCCACUCCGUGGCACAAUGCUGAUAUUACUCUUCUCAACACACCGGAGAGGGUCAAAGGCAAGCCGUUCGUCCAUCUACAUGUGACGUUGUUAACGACAAGUCGACCCAGUCCCAACCCAGAGUACUUUGGUCUUGGAUCGCAAGACGCCGUCCCAACCACCAUCUUGACUUCCGACGAGAGCGUUCGUAGGGCUAGCGAGAAGAAGAAGCCUACCGAUGACGAUGGCAACAAGCCUGCCCCUGAAGAUCCUGGCUCAGAACCACCUCUGCAAGCCCAAAAGCAGCUCAAAAAGCCAGUACUAAACUUCUACUCCCUCAACUAUCUCCGUUCCGUCGAACCCCAAACCGCAUCCAACAAAGACAAAGAGUACGUUGUGAAGAUCUUCUCCGCAGCCCCGAUCUCCGAUUCGCAGCUCGAUCGCCUAUUUGGCCUAUCUACCAUCAGCUGGGUGAAACGACACGAAUGGGACUCUUACCCACUCCUCAUUCCCACAGACCGAUUCCCUAAAAUUGAGGUGGAUGAAGGGUUGUACUACUCGAAUGCAAUGGAAAGUCUCGUUUCCACCAUGGAGACGAGCACUGUUGCUGCUAAGAACACUGUUGGGCUGCUGCUCAAGAAGUGGUACGGAAACGACUUCGUUAAUGGCAAGGACUGCGAGUAUGGUAUUGAAGACGAGGCAAAGGAUCCGAUGAAGAACAGGAAUUGGGCUGGAUGGGGUUGUGAUUCUGGUUAG